AUGCGACUCUCUGACCGGGAAGCUGCGUAUGCUAUCCGGGCCAGACUCGAGCCGCUCGGCCGAACAGGUCUAAGCAUCGUGUACACAGAGAAAGGCAAUUCCAAGUCUGCUUUGAAGGCAGCUGGGUUUUGGCUAGACGGUGAAAUGUACGACCACGCCGCAUUUGCUGAAGACACGAGCAACUUGUUUAAGCGUGAAGCUGCUAUCUAUGAAGCUCUGGGCUCACACCCAUGCAUCCUUAAGUGUAUCGGUGUCGAAUUGAUGCCUGAUGGAGAGGAAGCCUGGGCUUUGCGUCUUGAGCGGGCGCCGCAUGGUAACCUACGGGAAUAUAUUGGGAAGAACGAACCCCCGACUAUGGUUCGUCGCUUGCAAGUAGCAAUCGACUUUGCGGAGACAUUGCAAUACAUCCACGACCGCGGAGUCAUUUGGGGUGAUGUCUCACCUCGAAAUGUUCUUGUCUUCGAUGAUCUUCACAUCAAGCUCUGCGACUUUGCUGGAUCCAUUCUGAAGGACAGAUUCCCCGAGCUUCUCUUUACAUGUGAACCUCGUUGUUGGGUGCCAGGACGAGAAGAGGACUCUGCUACUAGAAGUAUACUUGAAAAGGAGUUAUUUGCGCUCGGUACCGCAAUCUGUGAGAUAACAGAAUGGACUGUUCCUUAUGGUCCAAUCGAGAUAGAGGAACUCCAGCAGAAACUUAUGGAUGGGGAGUAUCCUUACGUUGGUAACAGUAAUCCUGUCAAGGGUGUUAGCCAGAAGUUAUGGCAUUUUGAGUACAACUCUGCACAAGAGGCUGUGGGAGCUCUAAGGACAGCUCUCAUCAAUAAAUAA